AUGGCGCUGUGUCUCGGGCAAGUGUUCAGCAAAGCCAGAACAUUCAGGCCGAAGAGGCGGUUUGAGCCCGGCACACAACGCUUCGAGCUUUACAAGAAGGCUCAAGCUUCGCUCAAGUCGGGCUUGGACCUUAGGAAAGUGGUUCAGUUGCCAGAGGGAGAGAACCUCAAUGACUGGAUUGCAGUUCACGUGGUGGAUUUCUUUAACAGGAUCAACUUGAUCUAUGGCACAGUUAGCGAGUACUGCACCGAGCGCACGUGUCCCAUUAUGUCUGGAGGACAGAGGUACGAGUACAGGUGGCAGGACGGCGAGGACUACAAGAAGCCCACCAAGCUGCCUGCUCUCAAGUACAUGACUCUGCUGAUGGACUGGAUAGAGUCUCUUAUCAACGACGAGGACAUCUUCCCCACCAGAGUAGGUGUACCUUUCCCCAAGAACUUCCAGCAGGUGUGCAAAAAGAUCCUGAGCCGUCUCUUUCGGGUGUUUGUUCAUGUUUACAUCCACCACUUUGACAGCGUCUGCAGCAUGGGUGCCGAGGCCCACAUCAACACCUGCUACAAACACUACUACUACUUCAUCACAGAGUUCCAUCUCAUCGAUAACUCCGAACUGGAGCCUCUGAAAGAGAUGACGGAGAGGAUUUGUACUUGACCAGAACCACAUG